AGCCACUUCUUCCUCAGCAAACUGCAGUAGCAAACUGCAAAACCAUCAAACCGGCCGAUGCUCCGCCGGCGCCCGCGCCCCGGCGCGUUCCUCCGCCUCUUCGCCACCUCCUGCCGCCGCAGCUCCCUCCACCCCUCCCGGCCGCACCUACCGAAUCCUACCGCUCUCCCGCCGCCGCCGGUGGCGAAGAAGGUCCCCUUCACUGUGUCGGCGCACGGGAGGUCGUGGAGUGACCCGUACCACUGGAUGCGCGAUACCUCCGACCCGGACUUCGCGUCCCACCUCGCCGCGGAGAACACCUACGCUGACGCCUUCGUCGGCUCGGCCGGCGGCGGCGGCCUCCGCGCGCGCCUCGCCGCCGAGAUGCGCGCCCGGCUGCCCCCUUCCGCUGCGACACCGCCUCAGCCCUGGGGCCCUUGGUUGUAUUAUCAGUAUGUUCCAGAGGGAAAGGAAUACCCUGUUUUAUCUAGGAAGUUGAAGCCCUCUCUUGGUCUAGCACGAGCCCUGCUUGAUUACCUUUCUGGUUCAGAGAAGGAGCAAGUGUUGCUUGACUGGAACGAGGUUGCAGAGAAAAAUGGUUAUGUGCACAUUGGGAGCUGUCGAAUCUCUCCAGAUCAUAGGUUUCUUGCAUAUACAGUUGAUACAUCUGGGGGUGAACUAUUUUCCCUUGAAGUAAAAGAUCUUCAGUCUGAGAAUGUCAUCUUUAGUUCACCAGACAAGGGAGUAAUUAGUUUAGCAUGGGCUUGCAACAGUGAAAAUUUAUUUUACACUGUCUGCGAUGAGACUCUACGUCCUAACCAGGUUUUCUGUAAAAAGUUACAAUCGGAUGAUGCAGGGUUUCUAGUUUUCACAGAGGAAGAUGUAAACUGUUGUGUGGAUAUUACAAGCACGAAAGAUUUUAAGUAUAUGACUGUCAAUUCUAACACAAGGACAUCAUCCGAGGUUUUUGUGAUGGAGUCUGAUAAUGUAAGAGAGGGCUUAUGGCCUAUACGGAAACGAGUUGAUAAAGUUCAGUACUUUUUGGAGCACCACAACGGGUUCUUUUACAUCCUUACCAAUGCUCCUGUAAAUGAUACUGAAAUGAUGACUGAAGGCUAUUAUCUGGCCAGGUGUAGGGCUGAAAAGUCAUUGAUGGAUAGAUGGCAGAUUGUGGCGUUCCCUGGGUCAGACUGCACCAUUCAGGAUAUGGACAUUUUUCAUGAUAAUUUAGUUCUCUUUCUUCAGAAGGAUGGAACUCCCCUUUUUUGCUCCAUCAAUAUGCCAAUUGAUGGUGAUGUUCAGGAGCCAAAGGAACUUGAUGUUCUCAAUCCAUGGUAUUUCCCAAUUCCAUCAAACUUGUGCAGCAUUAUUCCUGGAUCCAACAAUGAUUUCAUGUCAUCUACUUAUCGCCUGGUGGUUUCAUCGCCUGUGAUUCCAGACUUAACUGUGGACUACGAUAUGAGAAAAAGAACUUUCACCAUUCUUCAUCAAGAGGAAAUAACUAGCCUGUCUGCAAAUCUAGGCACUGUGGGCUUGCAAUCCAAUGUUUCAAGCAUCCAACAAAAUCUGCAGCUUGUUGAAAAUUCACAAAGUUGGAGUGAUCUUUCCAAGCUAUUCUCAUGUAAAAGGAUUGAAGUUGUAUCACAUGAUGGUGUUUUGAUACCUUUAGUCAUUCUGUAUUCACGGGAAGCACAUCGUCAUGGAGAAUCACCUGGGAUCUUAUACGGCUAUGGAGCUUAUGGAGAAGAUUUGGACAAAAGCUGGUGUUCGGAGAGGUUAAGUCUCCUCUCUCGAGGUUGGGUUCUUGCAUUUGCAGAUGUUAGGGGUGGAGGGGAUUUAUCAUGGCAUCUGGCAGGAACCAAAGCUAACAAGAUAAAUUCAAUUCAAGAUUUUUCUGCAUGCGGUAAGCAUCUCAUCAAGGAAGGCUUGGUUCACAAAAAUCGUCUUUGCGCUAUAGGCUGUAGUGCUGGCGGUCUGCUGGUGGGUGCAGUCAUUAACACGCUUCCAGACUUAUUUUCUGCUGCAGUUCUCAAGGUCCCUUUUCUAGAUAUCUGCAACACAAUGUUGGAUCCUACUUUACCUCUCACUGUUUUGGACUAUGAAGAAUUUGGUGACCCUAAUAUCCCAGCUGAAUUUGAGGCAAUCUGCAGUUAUUCUCCUUACGAUAACUUAUCACCUGGUGUAUGCUAUCCUCCAGUCCUGGUGACUGCCUCGUUUAAUGAUACAAGGGUAGGAAUUUGGGAAGCUGCUAAGUGGGUUGCAAAAGUGAGAGAUAUCACAUGCCCAUCCUGUUCCCAUUCAGUUAUUCUCAAAACUAAUAUGCAAAGUGGCCAUUUUGGUGAGGGUGGGCGCUUCAUGCACUGUGAUGAGACAGCCUUCGAGUAUGCAUUUCUCAUGAAGGCCUUGGGGUUGGAUGACAUAACUAUGGCUUAGUGGACCCAUGCCUGAGGCUUUUCAUGGAACAGAUUUAGUGCGAAUCAGAAAGCAAAAGCUAGGAUAAUUACCUUUUGUGAUCUGUAUCACAGUGGACAAGAUUUCAUCGUCAUAAUUAUUUGAUUAAAGAGCUUGCAUUGGAAGGUGGCACACCCUUGAAGUGUUGUUUGGCUUUUGAUACACAAGUUGUGGAUUUCUGCACUGCAGAUUAUCAACUUGUGCUUUCAAAAUACCACACCCAGAUGCUGCUAAUCAACAGUGCCAGGGCAAAGUGCUCAUCAGUUAGAAACCAAUCGGCAUGAAUCAUGGCUCUGUCAUGGAAUGCGAUUCAAAGCUGAUGUCCUCAUGGUGUUAGAUAGGAGCUAUUGGGCAAAGGAUAAAUGGUUGAGCGUGGAUGUGGAUUUUGACUUUCUACUUUGUGCGCCAGACCAAACACACCUCACGUCUACAAGCAAUGCCUGAUUUGAGGGGACUACUCUUGGCCGUUUUCAAGUUGAAGAGAUGAGGCCUUCAGCCUCCUCUGUUUUCGACGUUUCUCCAUCCGAGGUCCACGUCGUCCAUCCUGGAAAUCCUGACCGUUCACUUUCGUAGCUUCAUUCUGGCGCUGUUGUGGGUCCGCGGGUGGGUUCUAUGCGCCCGCACGGAAGAAGCCCCACAGAUAUUCCGGCUGUCACCCACUUUCUUUUCCAUUUCCCAUUUGACUUUGUGGUCCGCCUAUUCUCUUCAUCAUGUUAUAAGAACAUUCUGACGUGGGGUCGUAGCGUAGCCACCAGUCAGCCAGUCACCCAUGGUAGGUUACUUUUUUUUUUCAUCGAUUCAUCUUGCAAUGGCCAAUGCAAUUAUGCAAGUAUAUUAAGAUUUGUCAUAAGUUAUUUUUAUAAAAAAACACAAUAAAUACGUACAUACAUG